CCUGCUAGAGAGCAGGACCCAGCCAAGCUUGCUGCACCACCUCACCCCUCUGUUUUUUAAAGAACCAGAUUGAAAUUGGUUUUCAAAGUGCAGUACGAACAUUUGGUGUCACAUCCCUGUUAAGUGUGUUAAGAUCCGCCCAGCGCAACUUUUCCUACUGUGUGAGUGUGUAAGCAGCAACAAGGGCAAAGUAUACCCAAUAGAUCCAAUGCAUUUAUUUAUACAUGUGUAUAAAUACAUCAAGGAAUGAAAAGUAGUCAUAAACUUUUUGGCUCGGAGAAGUUUCUUAACAUAGGAAGCACUGUGGCUUCGGUGGAAAAAAUAAAAUCCUCAGUUAAACUCUUUGAAAUAAUGAGAUUUGUUGCUGCCUUCUGUUCUUUCAGCCAUAUGCUGUGUUUAGCCUAUAGUUUGGGGUUUGCGGGGGAGAGGAGUGGGCGCAUGGAUUCCUCGCCAUCUGACCCGCGCUGAUAGCAAACACAAGCGCAAGUGAUGAUAUGCUAUGUGAGAGGAUUCCCAAAUCUGCUGACCGCUUUUCAUUUUCACUUGAAAUACAAUGAGGGGAGGCCGUGGUAUAGCCAAGAAAGGGGGCGGGGCCAUGUCAGUGUUGGUGCAGCUUCUCCAUAGACACUAAUACAUCUGUCUGUUUUUUUCUAUAUGUUUUGCACCGGUGUUGUGGGUGUGUGUCACACGAUGCCAAACCAAUCACAAAGUGACCCGCUGUGAGAUGCAAAAGCUAUAAACCGGACUCAGCUUGGGGAGAGUAACAGUGAGAGUAAACAGGGCUCAAACUUGCUGAAUAUCCAGAAAGAGAAGAGAAGAUACCGAGAGAAGAUGAAGACCUUUGCUAUCCUGGUCAUCUGCGGCGUACUGUCUGUCUGUCUGUCUACGGGAGAUUUGGCGGAGCCCGAUGCUCCAUCCGCAGAGGUCACUGACCCAGACCCAGAACCUGACCCUGACACCGACGCCGACGCUGCUUCUCCCACAGCCUCCGACUCUACCUCCGACUCUACGUCCGACUCUUCGUCCUCUUCCGCCUCUGACUCUGCCUCCGAUUCCGCCUCAGAUUCCGCAUCUUCCGAGUCUGCCUCCGACUCAGCCUCUGACUCUGCAUCUUCGUCCGCCUCCGACUCAGCCUCCACCAGUGCCGAAGAGGUGCUGGUGAAGAGAGAUCUUGCCUCCCAGCUCAUGAAGAGAAGGAGGAGAGCUGCUGUGGCACCAGCAGAUCUGAGCCCAACACAGUUGGAGAGUCUCUGGGAGGUGUGCGAGUUGAACCUCGCCUGCGACGACAUGGCAGAUACGGCUGGAAUUGUGGCCGCCUACACCCAAUAUUACGGACCGGUCCCCUUCUAGACGCCAACCUGUCGGUCAAAUUAACCUCAAGAAUCAGGCAGUCUGUACUUGCUCUUCAGCUGUUUUAUGCUUUUCAUGACAGGGAGUUUACAUCUGCAACUGGUUUCUCAUGUUUACAAUGUUUCAUGAGCUUUUAAAGUCAGGUUAACUUAGGGUGUAGCAAAUUUAGAUUUGACUUGUCGGUAUUUCUCGCUUGUUAUUGGUUUAUUUUUCUAUGUGUGUUAAUAUGUAUGUAAACAAUAAAAGAAAAAAGAACAAAAAAUGCAAACGGAACAUGCAGAAUCUGUAGUGCUGCUUUUUGAAAGAAUCAAGACUCGUCUGAAAUACAUGCACAUGUUCUUGAAGGAGUCUAUCAUAUUCACGAAGCAAAGGCCACAUGUUCGCAACAGCUUUCAGCUUGGAUGUUCAGUUUUAUAACAUGGGCAGCUGAAACCUGGCAUUUUCUCUUUGAAGUUUUCAGAAUUAUGUCACGUUAUGUUAUUAGGAUAGAUUCUCAUCCAUGCCAAACAGAUUCAUCAUUUAUAAUUUCAAGGCUCACUGAGUACUAGAGAUGUAAGAAAGGGGUAGGGGGUGGCACAAAUAUUAGUUUAAAGCUAAAAUAUACAGUUUAAAAUAAA